UUUUUUUUUUUUUUUUUUUUGAAACGCACUCCUCUUUUUUUUUUACGUAUAUUAGAUGGGAAAUUCUUGUAGUUGUUGCUCCAGUUGCUGUGGAAAGCGCAGUAGAACAGGUCUUUAUGAACCACUUUUACAAGAGAAUGAACGUGAAGCUAUUGCUGAACUAUUACAAUAUCUUGAGAAUCGAAGCGAUACCAACUUUUUUGAAGGAGACCCUUUAAAAGCACUUUCAACACUGGCUUAUUCUGAUAAUAUUGACUUGCAACGAUCAGCUGCACUUGCGUUUGCUGAAAUCACCGAAAAAGAUGUUAGACAAGUAGGACGCGAUACACUGGACCCUAUUCUGUUCUUGUUACAAUCACAUGAUGUAGAAGUGCAGAGAGCAGCGAGUGCAGCACUAGGUAACCUGGCUGUCAACACUGAAAAUAAAUUAUUGAUUGUCAAGUUGAAUGGUUUGGAUCAACUUAUUCGUCAAAUGGGUUCUCCUAAUGUAGAAGUACAAUGUAAUGCUGUUGGUUGUAUUACCAACCUUGCCACACACGAUGAAAACAAGACAAAGAUUGCCAAAUCAGAUGCUUUACGCUUAUUAGUUGAUUUGGCUAAAUCAAAAGAUCAGCGAGUCCAAAGAAAUGCUACUGGUGCCUUACUUAACAUGACACAUACACAGGAAAAUCGUCAACAAUUGGUCAAUGCAGGUGCUAUUCCUGUCUUGAUUGGCUUAUUGAGUUCCCCCGAUGCUGAUGUUCAAUACUAUUGCACAACAGCAUUAUCGAAUAUUGCUGUAGAUGCCAGCAACCGUAAGAAACUAGCACAGACAGAUUCAAGGCUCGUCAAUUACCUGAUUGCAUUAAUGGACACAAAAAGCCUUAAGGUGCAAUGUCAAGCUGCUCUUGCUUUAAGAAACCUUGCGAGUGAUGAAAAAUACCAGCUUGAGAUUGUUCGAUGCAAAGGUCUUCCUCCUCUACUUCGACUGUUAAAAUCUUCGUUUUUACCUCUCAUUUUAUCCUCUGUUGCAUGCAUUCGAAACAUAUCUAUUCACCCUUCUAAUGAAUCACCGAUUAUUGAUGGUGGCUUUGUGAACCCUUUGAUUGAGUUGUUGGCCUAUGAUGAUAAUGAAGAGAUCCAAUGCCAUGCAAUUUCAACACUGCGCAAUUUGGCGGCUAGUGCUGAACGCAACAAACGUGCGAUUGUAGAAGCAGGUGCUGUGGAGCGUAUCAAGACAUUGAUCAACAAAGUACCUGCUAGUGUACAGACUGAAAUGACAGCAGCAAUUGCUGUACUUGCCCUGAGUGAUGAAUUAAAGCAGAGGUUACUAGGCAUGGGUAUAUUGGAUGUCUUGGUUGAGUUGACUUCAAAUAAGAAUCUGGAAGUAGAAGGCAAUUCAGCAGCAGCCAUUGGUAAUCUCAGUUCAAAAGUGAAUGAUUAUACACCCUUUGUGAAUGCUUGGAAUACACCUUCGGGUGGUCUGGAAAAGUUCUUGAUUCAGUUUUUAUCAGACCAACAAGACAUUGCUUUUCAACAUAUUGGUAUAUGGACCAUUGAACAGUUUUUGGAUGGCAAAGAUGAACGCCUUAUGUCUUUGAUUGCUCAUUCAACUGCUAUUACACAUUCAGUAGAAAGAAUAGUCAAAGAAGGACAGUCACCCAAAGCAGAACAGGGUGCAGAUGAUGGUGAUGAUGGUGAUAUUUAUGGAUUAGCCAAAAGAGUCUUGAAUACCUUGAAUGAAAUUAAAACCAACAACUAAUAUAAUAACUAAAGACUUUAUAUGUAGCACUAUAAAAUAAAUAUAUCUAUUUCUUUUCAAGCGAAAAA